AACAUACUGAUGGGGAAAAAAUAAAAUAUUAUGUUAAAAUGUAUUAAUGCAAUCAAAUCAGGUUUUGAUUGGAUACCUGAUAAUAAAUCUAUAUUUUGGCAAUGGAACAAACCUAGCUAUAAAACGUGUUAUAUUUUCAUUGGAUAAUCUAAUUUUAUGUUUCGGAGUCAAAAGAUUUGUUACAGCAGAUUCAUUUAGUUCUAUAACAACUUCUUUGAACGGUUUAAGAAUGCGCAAAGUUAUUCUUUUUAUCAAAGUUUAACAAUGACAAACUUCAAUUCUCCGUGCGCGUAUAUCGUGUCUGUAAUAUUGUUGUUUGCCAAUCUCGUGAAAUCGCAGGGGUGUUUUAAUUCUAAAAAAUUUGUUUCUAAUGAAACUGGAUUCGGUGCGUCGAAGUUUUGGGGGGCUAAAGCACAUGACGUUGAGCAAUGCAUGGUGCUGUGCGUACGACAAAAGAAAUGCGAGUCUAUAAACUAUAAUUUGGAAACAAAGUUUUGUUAACUCAACAGAAACGUAAGAAAGGGCAAGCAGACUAAAUCAUACGAGAAUCUGUACUCGGAGUUCAAAUGGUGGCCUUCAGAGGUUGACAAGAACUGCUAUUCUCGCCCAUGCGGAGACGAUGAAGUCUGUAUUCCCGGAAAGUUGGGUCAAACAUCAGUCGACAAGUGCUCAUAUUCUUGUAUGCCGUUUGGAGGCCGUCCUGUAUGCCCAUUGCCAAAGAAGGGCAAGAAAGGCGUGUCUAAUGGCAGGACGGUGGGGUCGGUGAAUGUCGUCACGUGCCCUCAACGUUGGACUGGUGGAGGUAAUGCAAAGUGUAUGAAAGACCUGACGUGGGACAAGGAUAUUGAUGAAUGUGUCGAAAUACACAAUCAUUCGUGCAAGAAUGACACGUUGUGUUCCGAGAUCGGAGCCGAGUGUAUUGACGGAAAGUGUAGCUGUCUUUCUGGGUACAUCUACAGCAACAAGACAUUCAUGUGUUACGAAGAAUCAGCAUGUGGCGAACCACCCCCUGUUGCUGGAGCCAUGUGGUCCGGGAACGGCGAGGUACGGCAGUAUACAUGCGACAAAAACAAGUACCCACUGCCGGGAAAGGGUAACGGCACCAUCACUUGCGAUAGCGGCACCUCUUCCUGGGUACCCAAAGAUUUUCAGUGUGGUGGAGCAUAG